AUGAACGGUUUGAAGGCAUUAGCUUUCAGUCUAGCAGUUUUGCUUAUAACAGCUGAAGCCAAUAUUAUUAAGUUUAAAUCCAAACCAACGUGGAAAUUGGACCGGGUAGAAGAUAAUGGAAACGUGAACGAAGUAUCCGCUACAAAUUGGAAAUUCGACCAAGCUGCUAACGAAUACGUCAGUGACGAAAUUCCAGUUGACACAUGGAACCCAGCUAACAAUGACGCUGAAGAACUCCAAAGCGUUGUCCCUUCGUGGAACUUAGGUCUAACUGCGAAAGUCAAUGAUUACGUGGAUAACACUAUACACAUGCUUAUACCAUUUAUGGUAAAUAAUGGCCUCGAUCCAAUGACUUUGCCCGAAAUUGUCGAAGGAUUUGAAGUACGUCUGAUUCUAAUCACGUACAGCGCUUGGUUGAAACUCACAAAUGGAGCAAUGACGGGCCUCGUCAACGUUACACGAUUUGAAGACCAGAAAGUGAACUAUUUCGCAAAAAAUCUUCGAGUUCGCGUACACCUACAGUUCAAUGAUCUAGAGUUUAAUUAUAAUUACCUAGUUCAGGUAAUGAACAUUGGACCCACCGGUCGCAUUAUUGGAUCACUGGAUCGUUUCAGAGUCGUUGCUGAUUUAUUGAUUGAUUUUAAUAACGACGAGAUUCAUUUACAAGAAUUUAAGCUGAACGAUGUCGGACGCCUGCGAGUAAGACUACGUGGUAAUAUUCUCUUUGACUGGCUUCUGAACCCCGUAAUCGGAGUUUUUACUACAUUAUUCAAUGGUAUCAUAAUGUUUACUGUGGAAUUGACUAUCCGCAGCGUCGCGCAAUCUGUUAUAACAGGAAUAAAUGGCGCAAUUCGCGAUGUGAUCUCGCAAAUUGAAGCUUUUAACUAA